AGAACACCCCGGAGCAGUGUGCCCCCAGCAGGUCUCAGCUAGAGACCGUAACCGUCUAUGCAUUGCACCUCUACGAAUGCCUCUUCGACCCCUACCAGACGUGGAGGCGGCAGCUGAGCGGGGAAAUCGUCAGCAUGAAAGAGAAAAGCAAAUACAAGUUUGCACCAGCUGCUUUGCCUCUAGAGUUCAGCACUUUCUUCCAAGGGAGCUUCCAGGACGAGGUGCAGCUUCCCGAAGCGCUCCAGCUGCGACUCAUCCACCUCUUGGGAGCCAUUAUCUCUGGAGCCAAGCAAAAUGCCCUGCAGGUGAUCACGCCGGCCUCUGUUGAGGUCCUCAUGCUGGUGCUCAGGCGGUGGUGCUCCCCCCGGAACGGAGACACCAAGGACCCCAAACUGCUGCAGCUGACCUUGAAGAGCCUGGUGGGAAUGAUUCACAUCCUGCACGCCAGCAACCCGGGCCAGCGCAAGGUGGAGAUCAGGACCAUCUUGGAUAGCUACUUCAAGGUCCUCAACUCCGACCAGCCCAUGGCCUCUCUGGAAGGCCCACCGGCCGCUCGCUGGGAGGAGGGCAUGAUUGCUCUCAGGGUGAACAUGCUGGAUGCAAUUCCAGAAAUGCUGAAUUGUGGCGACCGGCCAGUCCUGCAAGCCAUGUUCCUCAGCAACAACUGCUUCGAACACAUCAUCCGGCUGAUCCAGAACAGCAAGCUCUACGUGAGCGGGGCGCGUAAAGCGGACGAGACGGGGAGCGAGCUCGCCGCACGCUUACUGACCGAGAGCGAUGUCCAGAAGGUGUUCGACAGCAGUUCCGACGCUAUCGCGGUUCAUGCCAUCAGUGUGCUCACCUCCAUCAUGAGCAAUUCACCGUCGGCCAAGGAGGUGUUCAAAGAAAGGAUUGGCUACUCCCACUUGUAUGAAGUUCUCAGGUGCCAGAGCCAACCCACCGCCCGCCUGCUUGAGGAGCUCCUGAACAUGGCAGUAGAAGGCGACCACAACGCCUUCCCCGUCCGACUCAUCCGCAACGAGCAGCCACUGCUGAUGCUCAUCGCGUGGCUCCCCGAGCUGAAGUCACGGGACCUGCAGGUGUUCCUGUCCGACUGGCUGAAGAGGGUCUGCGACGCCUCCCUGCCGAGCCGCGUGACCUGCGUCAAGGCGGGGAUGGUCAGCUGCCUCCUGGACGCCCUGGGCGCUGAGCAGGAGCUGGACCGGAAGUGCUCCGAAAACCUCAUCUACCUUCUGCAGGUGCUGGGCGGCCUUUCCAUCCGGCCGGGCGAGCUCCGCCAGCUCAUCAGGCUCCUCGGGACAGAGCCCGGCAAGGGGCCCCACCCUUACACCACGCUGGUCAUCCGGGCGCUCUCUGGCAUGGCGAGGAAGGACCGGUCCGAGAGGGCGCUGCAGUACUUUGACCUGACGCCAAGUAUGGCGGGGAUUAUGGUGCCGGCCAUCCAGAAAUGGCCUGGGAGUGGCUUUGCCUUCCACGCCUGGGUCUGUCUGAACGAGGAGCCCGGAGACUUGCCAGAUCUGCCCACGAGGCUGAAGCGGAAACAGCUAUACAGCUUUUUCACGGCCAGCGGCACCGGCUUCGAGGCGUUCUUCACGGCCGACGGGAUGCUGGUGGUGGCGGUGUGCACCAAGAAGGAGUAUAUGACGGUGGCGCUCCCGGACUUCACCUUCAACGAUUCUGCAUGGCACUGCAUCGACAUCGUCCACGUCACCGGCCGCCGGCCCUUCGGCCAGAACCUGGUCAACAUCUACACAGACGGGCAGCUGCAGCAAGUGGCUCAGUUGCGCUUUCCUUCCCUCAAUGAGUCUUUCACCUCGUGUUGCAUCGGCUCUGCUGGCCACCGGACAACGACCACCUCCACGGUUUACCCCUCGCCUUCCCACUCGCCAGAGCCUGCCUUCCCCUCCCACCCCUCCCUCAGCCGCUCCCAAUCCUUCCCUGCCUCGCUGGCCACGCACUCCUGGACUCCCGGGGCCGCUCAGCCCCCCAGAGAAGGCCAGGUGUCCACGACAGUGGCAGGGAGUCAGGACACAGAGUGGGGGACCCCUACGUCCCUCGAAGGACACCUGGGGUCGGUGUCCAUCUUCUGCGAAGCCCUCCAGCAGACGCAGGUCAAAGCACUUUUCUCCUCAGGACCAAACGUUACGUCGCCGCUCAAGCCGGAAGGCGACUUCCUGGAACUCAGCAGCAAACUGCUCCUCUACUACACACCCCAGGCUUGUAAAAAUAACAUCUGCCUGGACCUGUCUCCAAACCACUUUUUUGACGGGAGGCUGACCGGACACAAAGUGGUGAACUGGGAUAUCAAGGACGUGGUGAACUGUGUUGGCGGGAUGGGGGUGCUCCUCCCGUUGCUGGACCAAGUGGCGGCCGAGAGAAAAGAAUCGGAGGACAGCCAGGAAACCCACGACCUGGUUGGGCCCGAACUGACCUCCUCGCGGAAUCGCCAAGGAAUGCUCAUCCCCCUGGGCAAGUCCUCCGAGGGCAGACUGGAGAAGAACGGCGUGGCUGCGUUUCUGCUGCUGGUCAAGAACUUUAUCCGGCAUCACCCCGUGAACCAGGAGAGCCUCGUGCAGUGCCACGGGCCGGCGAUCAUUGGAGCUCUGCUGCAGAAGGUCUCCAGCCUCAUGAUGGACAUGAACGUGCUGAUGGCCUCGCAGAUCCUGAUGGAGCAGGUGGCUGCCGAGAGCCACAGCUUCCUGCUGCACCUCCUGUACCAGUACCUGCUCUUCGACUUCCGCAUCUGGAGCAAGAGUGACUUCGCCGUCCGGCUAGGUCACAUUCAGUAUUUAUCGAACACCAUCAAGGACCACAAGCAGAGGAUCCGCAAGAAAUACGGGGUCCAAUACAUCCUGGACUCCAUUCGGACCUAUUACGGCGCUCAUAAGGAAAAGCCGAUUCCCGCGGACGACGUGAAGACGGUGCAGAUGUCCCUGUUCAGCCUGGUGAAGGACUUCCUCUGCAGGAGCUUCUCUGCUGACGAGAUGCAAAGCGCCCUGAACUACCUGGCUGCGGUGCACGAUGAACACCAGGUGUGUGGGGUUCUGGAGGUGAUCCAAAGCUUGCUGAAAGACUCGGCCUCCCAGGACCAGCUCUACGCCUUCCUCUUUGAGUCGGGGAACGUGGAGGUCCUGUUCUCGCUGCUCGUCCAGAGGAAGUUCUCCGACGACGUACGGGAGAGAGUCUUCAAGGUCCUGUACAAGAUGCUGAAAUACGAGAAGGCGCACGAGCGCAGCAAGUAUCGCCUGAAGCUCAAGGACAUCGGCUACCAAGGGCUCAUAUCGUAUCUGAAUGACACCCCGGUGUCCAUGCUGCUCUUCCGGUGUCUCCUGGAGCAGGUCCUGGGCUCAGACUCUCCCAGCUACAAGGACCUGAUGGCCGUGGUGUACCUGUCCCACCGGGCGGAGCUGGCGGUCAGGCUGGAUACCUGCCGGAAGCUCUUCCACCUGAUCUACUCCCAGCACGACAUGGUGAGGCAGCUGGCGAAGCUGGCCGGCUGGCAGGACACGCUCACUAAGCUCUACGUCAAGGAGUCGUACGAGUCCCGCCAGCACAGCCUGAGCGGCUCCGCCAACGGGGGCUGCCUCGGCUUCCUGAAGUUCUCGGAGCACGCGGGCAGGGAGUUGGGCACUGAGGCUGGAAAGGAGCGGCUGGACAGCGCCAGCCCUGCCCUGGCAGACCUUCAGGACCUGGACGUCUUCCUGCCGAUGGGGUUCGAGGCCUCCGACCACGAGCUUUCCGAGGGCUUCUCGGACCACUCUGUCUCCCCGACCGGCGGCUCCAAGCCCUUCCGUUCCUAUAACUUCAAAUCCUUCGACUCCUCGGACCGCACCAGCCACUCCUCCUCCUCCAACACUAUCGACAUCCCCGGCCAGGGGGAGGCCCCCUCCGCCGACGCCCUCCAGUUCGACAGCAUCUACCACCCGCUCUCGCCCUUCUGCAUGUCGCCCUUCGACCUCGGCCUCGACCUGGCCAGCACCUGCUCCACCGCCACGGUGGAGAGCGGCAACCAGACGCCGGGGAGCUUGCCGGGGACCCCCUCCCCUCUGGAGUACUUCAAACCUUUCCCGGGCAUGCGGGCUCGCAAAAGCUCCAGCCUCUCCAACGUCCUGGACGAAAGCAGCUACCAGGAGACGCUGGCCAGCGACGACGUCUCCAAUACCAGUAACCCCCAGCAAACGCCGGAGGAGGAGCUGUGCAACCUGCUCACCAACAUCAUCUUCUCGGUGACCUGGCGCGGGGUGGAGGGCUGGGACGACGCGGCCUGGAAGGAGCGCGGGCAGGUCUUCUCUGUCCUCACCAAGCUGGGCACAGCCUGCGAGCUGGUGCGGCCACCGGACGAGAUCAAGCGCAGCCUCCUGGAGAUGAUGUUGGAAUCGGCCUUCACGGACAUCAAGGAGUCGGCCCCGGCCACUCUGCCCAGCCUCACCCAGAACGUGCUCAAGUUACUGAGACUUCUCCAGGACUUCUUGUUUUCCGAGGGACACAACAACCAGGCGCUGUGGAGCGAGAAGAUCUACGAGGGGGUGAACAGUCUGCUGGACAAGCUCGGGGUGUGGUACCACUUGGCCAACGGGACCUCGGACCUGAAGGAGAUGGCUCAGAUCGGCCUGCGUGUCCUCGUCGGGUACAGCGGGCUGGAGGAGGCGCAGCUGCACUCGCUGGCCUACGUCAAGCUCCACGGCCUGCUCCAGACGGCCUCGGCCCCCAAGGAGGAGGAGGCCUGCUACCUGCUGGGCAAGCUGGAGAGCCCCCUGAGCCGCGCGCUGCACCCCAAGUCGGAGGCCUUCUCCUGGCUCCUGCCCAUCAUCCGCACGCUGCUGGACCAGUGCUACGACACGCUGCAGCUGCAGCGCUGGCUGCCCUCGCUGCCCCCCACCAACGGCAGCCCCACCUUCUACGAGGACUUCCAGCUCUUCUGCACCACCCCCGAGUGGAGGGCCUUCAUCGAGAAGCACGUACAGCCCAUGAUGGCGCAGUUUGAAAUCGACACGUUCGCCAAGAGUCACGACCACAUGUCCAAUUUCUGGAACUCCUGCUACGAUGCCUUGAUGAGCAGCUCCCUGCGCAGGGAGCGGGAGAAAGAGGAGAGCAGGAAGAAGUUCCAGGACCUGAUUCUGGAACCAGUGAUGAAGCGCUCCAGGUACGAGCACAUCCGGCACGUGAACGUCCUGAAGCAGAUCAACAACCACCACAGCGGCGUCCUGAAGCAGUGGAAAGCCCUGCACCGCCUGCUGACCUCGCAGCGCUCCGCCUGGGCCGACCGAAACCCCCCAGAGAUUCGCUGGAAGCUGUCGAGUGCCGAGACCUACUCCAGAAUGAGGCUGAAGCUGGUCCCCAACUAUCACUUCGACCGCCACGUGGAGGCUAGUGCCCUCCGGGACAACCUAGGCGCGGAUCAUUCUCACACCCCUGCGGAGCCUCUGCCGCUGGCCGUGGCCAAGGAGGCGAAGGUGAGCGAGCUGGAGGAUGAUCAGCUGGCGGAGGAAGACCUCGAGUUCCUGGACAAUCAGGCUGAACCCAAAGAACAGAGCCAGAGGGAGAAGCUGGUGAUCUCCGAGGACUGCGAGCUCAUCACCAUUGUGGCUGUGAUCCAGGGCCGGCUGGAGGUCACCACGCAGCACGUCUACUUUUACGACUGCAGCAGCGAGAAGGAGGAGACGGAGGAAGGGAUCGGUUAUGACUUCAAGCGCCCCCUGUCUCAGCUCCGGGAAGUGCACCUCCGCCGUUACAACCUCCGCCGGUCGGCGCUGGAGUUCUUCUUCAUCGACCAGGCCAACUACUUUGUCAACUUCAGGAAGAAGGUUAGAAAUAAGGUGUAUUCCUGUAUUCUGGGCCUGCGCCCGCCCAACCAGAUCUACUUCGGCAGCCGGUCACCCCAGGAGCUGCUGAAGGCCUCAGGACUGACUCAGAAAUGGGUCUACAGGGAGAUCUCCAACUUCGAGUACCUGAUGCAGCUGAACACGAUCGCGGGGCGCACCUACAACGACCUGUCGCAGUACCCCGUGUUCCCUUGGAUCCUGCAGGACUACGUCUCCGAGACGCUGGACCUGAGCGACCCGGACGUGUUCCGGGAUCUCUCCAAACCCAUCGGGGUGGCCAACGAGAGACACGCCAAGGACGUGAAGGAGAAGUACGAGAGUUUUGAGGACCCCACGGGCAUGAUCGACAAGUUUCACUACGGCACACACUACUCCAACGCGGCGGGCGUCAUGCACUACAUGAUCCGGACCGAGCCCUUCACCACCCUUCACAUCCAGUUGCAGAGCGGCCGGUUUGACUGCUCAGACCGCCAGUUUCACUCGGUGCCCGCGGCCUGGCAGGCGCGCAUGGAGAACCCGGUGGACGUGAAGGAGCUGAUCCCGGAGUUCUUCUAUUUCACAGACUUCCUGGAGAACCAGAACGGGUUCGACCUGGGCUGCCUGCAGAUGUCAAACGACCAGGUGAACGACGUCGUCCUCCCGAAGUGGGCCAAAUCCCCGGAGGAUUUCGUCCACAAGCACCGGAAAGCGCUGGAGUCGGAGCACGUGUCUGCCCACCUCCACGAGUGGAUCGACCUGAUCUUCGGGUACAAGCAGAGGGGCCCGGCCGCCGUGGAGGCGCUCAACGUCUUCUAUUACUGCACGUACGAGGGGGCCGUGGACCUGGACGCCAUUGCUGACGAGACACAGAGAAAGGCUUUGGAAGGCAUCAUCAGCAACUUUGGGCAGACCCCCUGCCAGCUGCUCAAGGAACCUCACCCAGUGCGCCUCUCGGCCGAAAACGCCGCCAGGAGGCUGGCCCGGCUCGACACGUACUCCCCCAAUGUCUUCGAGAACCUCGACCAGCUCAAGUCCUUCUUCGUCGAGGGGAUCAGCGAUGGGGUCCCGCUGGUGCAGGCUGUGGUCCCCAAGAACCAGGCCCAUUCCUUCAUCACGCAGGGCUCCCCAGACGUGCUGGUCACGGUGAGCGCCAACGGCCUGCUGGGAACCCACGGCUGGCUGCCCUACGACAAAAACAUCUCCAACUACUUCAGCUUCACCAAAGACCCCACCGUCUCCAACGCAAAAGCCCAGCGCUUCCUCUCCGGCCCCUUCGCCCCGGGGGUGGAGGUGUCCUCGAAGACACUGACCGUCUCUCCCGACGGGAAGCUCCUCUUCAGCGGGGGGCACUGGGACAACAGCCUGCGUGUCACGUCGCUGAGCAAAGGGAAGGUCGUCGGGCACAUCACCAGGCACAUAGAUGUGGUCACCUGCCUGGCGCUCGAUCUGUGCGGAAUCUACCUCAUUUCAGGCUCCCGGGAUACCACUUGCAUGGUCUGGCAGGUCCUGCAGCAGGGUGGGUUUUCCAGUGGCCUGGCUCCCAAACCUGUCCAAGUCCUGUACGGUCACGACGCCGAGGUGACGUGCGUCGCCAUCAGCACUGAGCUGGACAUGGCCGUGUCGGGGUCGAAGGACGGCACCAUCAUCGUCCACACCAUCCGCCGGGGCCAGUUCAUGAAGUCCAUCAAGCCCCCUUGUGAGAGCUCGCUGCCCGCCACUGUCUCGAACCUCGCCGUGGGCCUGGAGGGCCAGAUCAUCGUCCAGACCACCGUGGCGGGGAGAUCCUCCCUGAAGGAUAAAUUUGCCCUGCACCUUUAUUCCGUCAACGGCAAGCAUCUCUCCUCCGUCCUGCUGGAGGAGCAGGUCACAGCCCUGUGUGUCACCGAGGAGUUCGUGGUUCUGGGGACCAUGCAGUGUUCUCUCCAGAUCUUGGAUCUUCAGAGCCUCCAAGCAGCGGUGUUGCCAAUGCCCAUGAAGGUCCCGGUUCACAGCGUGUCCGUGACCAAGGAGAAGAGUCACAUCCUGGUGGGGCUGGAGGAUGGGAAGCUGAUUGUGGUGGGAGCGGGCCAGCCCUCGGAGGUGCGGACGGGGCAGUUCCACAGACGGCUGUGGCGUUCCACGCGCCGGAUCUCCCAGGUCUCCUCUGGAGAGACCGAGUACAACCCGCCCGAGUCCAAGGGACAGGCUUGAUGUGAGGUGACCUGUCCCCAGAGCAUUACUGGACAGAGAUGUCCUGCAGCAGGAGGUCUCUGAGGGGUGGCGGAGGGGGCCGGUCCAGCCUCGCCACUCGGAGGUAUCUGCACUUCCCCAGGGAGCAUGGCGAUCACCGGGAACCGUGGGAGCCUUGCCGCACCGGGGCUCUCGACCACUCGCUCUCCGAGUAUGCAGAGCUCCGGAUCCCUUUCCGAGCCAGGGGCCUGCACCGGUGACCCUGGCUUGCCGAGCCAGGAUGCGCGUGGGAUGAUCUGGCGUCCCCCCAGCCCAUCCCGUUUCCUGCAGAGCUUGAAGUGGAAAACGUUUUUGUAUUCUUCUUUGUGACUUUCUCGCUGGAUGGAGAGGCCAGGAAACCCGCAGCCGGUGCCCCCUGCCGCCCAGCAGGGAAACGUCGCAAUAGAUGCGAGACGAUGACCAUCGCUGCAUUCUCAGUCCUCCUUGGGUGGCCUUAACCAGACCCUGUUGCACUACGUAGAGAACUUGUACCAAAACCAAGGACUGCUUUCGGCAGGAGGCCAAUCUGCUGCAGAAAAGCUUUAAUGUGAUGAGACUGGCGAGAGCCUGUUCUGUUUUCCUCCCAGAGGUUGAAUUUUGGAGGGCAACAAAUACCAGGGGCCCACAACGAUACCUACUGAUCCCCCAAAUCCUAGAUGUGUAUAGACCCCCUGCUGGCAAAGAAGGGUGUUGCGCUUUCAUUGGGAUUCUUCAAAAUAUGGUUUGUCUGCCUCUUCCAACAGGGGCACCCAAAUCCAGCACCUCCCAGGGCCCCCGUCAUUUGCUGGUGGGGCCUCUUCUAACUUUCCUAUUGAUUUAUACGUUUUUUAAAAAAACAAAAAUAAAUGUGCGCAAUCUUCUUGUCUCCCAAGACUGGUCUGUUCCAUGGAGCACGAGCCGGCGGGGCUCAUUGGAUGACUUCACCAGCAAUAAAACCCGGCCGUUCGUUAGCUUUGCCUUCCUCCUGCAGCUCCGCGGCUGUAACGGAACUCCUGCCUGGCUGCGCACCGGAUACCCCUGCUUGUAGCGGGAAGGAGAGUUCUUCUGUCUGUCCGUCUGUCUGUUUCUGAUACUGAAGUGGCACACGGUAAAUAGGAAUUGGCCCAGAAAGAGGCUUGUUUUUGCAGCCAACGGCCAACCCUUCGCUGCUCUUAACCAACUGGGUGGGUUGGGGGGUGGUCCAGUCCUGCAGACUUUCCAUCCCUGGUCAUGGUGAGUUUUGAACCCCACGCUGGCACCUUCUCUGAGGGACCCAGGUUCUGAUCUCUGCAUGGCCAAGGCCUUGUUGAUCCAGAGAGGAACGGGGGAAGUGGGGGUUGCGUUAGGCUAGAAGCAGCCGUCUGAGGCUAGUGAUGUUUGUGCCUUGGGCAUCUCCCCAUUCAGACAUAGCUCGCAGCUGCAAGGAGCCCAGCAGUCCCCGUGAAAACGGAACAUUCCAUGUUUACGAUGCAGGGCAUGAGCCCAUCACCAGAGCGUCUGGGAGUGAAUGGCCCCCAAACAAGGGGGUGAUGGAUCGAUCCUUGCAGGACACGGUUACUGUCACUUAGCUGGAAGGUGGAGGGAGCUGCCAUGUUGUUCCCCACACUUCCUGUCCCUGAUUUAAAAACUCUCCUUCCAUCAGGUAAGCCAGGGGUGGAAGAGACUGGUAGGGCUUUACUCCAGCCAUGCUCCGGAUGCAUCUGGGCGGAGAGCUGUGGAAUCCACAGCCUUUCUGCCUCAUGUUGAUGUUUGCAAUAACAAGCGCCCUGGUGCCAGUCAGCUCUCCCUGCCCCUGGCGCCAGUGACUGCCCAUCACUGGGCCGGGCUUUGGUUUGGAGAGGAAGGGCAGUGACUAGCUUGAUGCCGUAGGGAAUUCCACACCUGACUCCAACCCCCCUCGAACUCGGGAGAUGUUGGUAUCUUGGCUUGAGCUUCAUAAACGGCUGGAUCCAAACUUCCCAGAGACGGGGGAGCGGAGAUUCGGUUCUGGAUCAUGGCUCAAUUCCAUCUCUCUGCAGAACCCCAUGAAACUUCACGGUCCUAGAGUCAGGAGGGGUUGAAGUGAGGUGGGUUGAAGAGCAGUCUGUCCUUUCCCCUGCUCCCCAACCCAUUCCCUGGCUCUAGGAAAGGGAUCUCUCCCCUGCCCCCGUAUACUCUAGGUAUGUUACGCCACAGUAUGGAGACAGGCUGCUCCCCCAUGACCAGGGAUUUCUCCUAGAAGUCGCAGGUCCCUGGUGAAGAUCUGUGGGAGGGAGGCAGGGUGGAUGGUAUAAAACGCAAAGAGAUGGUCAAGGAAUGUUACCAUCUGAGUUCGAUUCUUGACGGGCUCAAAGCCAUGUGCCCUGGGUUGCUAGUCACUAUCCCGUUGAGCGAUGUGCUUUGCUUUUAUUAUUCAUAACAAUGGAUCGUUAAAGCCGCUGCACCUUCCAUCCUUGCAACUUUCUUCCGUCGGUCCGCCAGGGUCCCUUUCCGUCAAACUACAACAGACGAUGGUUACAAAUGGUUUGGAUCUUCCACGCCGUGACGCCUCCUGACCAAAAAAGGGACAGUCUCUACCUUGGGACACUGUCAUUCGGUAGCUUCUUUCCAACAAGGGCUGAGAGGAGAGGACAUGGGUCCGUUGUGGCUCAUGCUGGAGGAAACAUCUACUGUAGGCCUGGGACAAUCAUCUGCAGAUGCUGAACUGCAAAUGCCACUAAGAAGGGGAGAGAGGCUCUCUAAAUGCACUGCUUGUUAGCCACCGGACCCUGUUGCGUGCGGAGGUUGCUGCUGGUCUGGAGGUGACUUUGUGAUGUGUGGCUGGUUAGAUCACGCUCGUGCGCUGAACAGCACCUCAAUUCUCUUCACAAAGAAAAACAAAAAAAGGCAAGAAGAACCAACACUGGGCAAGAGGCUCAAACAAUGCUCUCAACUUCAUACCCUGGGUGAAGAUCAGGGUUUAACCACCGACAGUGCAAUAUUUGCAACUUGUAGAGAAGACGUUUUUUAGCACGUGUGCUGUAUUGAGGUUUGUGUGUAUAUAAUACAAUAUAUAUAUAGUUUUUGUAACUUUUUUGAAUGAUGUAAAUCUAAAGAUUUCUACUACUUUUUUUUCCAAAAACGGGGUGGUAAGUAUUUGGAGCUUCCCAGAAUCCCGCUGGCUUUUAUAGAGCACCAAGGGACCUACAAGCCUCAUCGUGGAUUUUUCUGUCAUCCUUCUUGGAAUUGCUCGGGCCAGUGGAAAUUCAAGGGGUCGUUGCUGGCCCUGUUCUGAAGAUGCUUGAAUUCCAGGGGUACCUGCUCUCUGGUUGGCCUCUGCCAUGUUCUUCUACUUGAAGAAAUUUUUCUUUCCCUCCUUUCACUUUGCUUGUACCUUCUCUGGUUAUAUGGAGUCAGGAUGCAACUUGCUGAGGGCUCUUUCUGCUCCAGUCUUCUUCACAGAUAGCAAUGCUUGGGCCAUGCUCUGAGACUUCUGUGUGGGGAAGAAUCUGGCAGGUUGGGAUGCUCCCCUUCAAGGGGAAUGGUUUCCUUCUGACCUGCAAGAUUCCUUCCAGCUCCACUCACCCCUGGAAUAACAAUGUGAAACCUGGUCUUCAGUCUUGAGUGUCUACGUUACAGGGCCCGGUUGUUUAAGUUGUCAUUUGGGCAAGCUAACGUAAGCACCCAAAUUUGGAAAAAAAACUGGCCCCCAUGCCUAAUCCCUGCGUGCAGUGUGGUAUGACUGUGGGGUGGUUACAUGGGGGCCCCCCUACUUCUCUACCUCUUUUGGGAAAUGAAUGGCUCACGGUGGAUCUGCCUUUUGGGGAAGUGAAUUCAAGCAAGUGGUUUGACUAGGGUAGCACCACUGGUACUCCCAGCUCUCCGGCCUGCCGCAUGUAGUGUUGGAGCCUUCGUGCCAAUCAGUUGUGCAACAUACUGAUCUCCAAGCAUCCUGAAUCUUGGGGAGGAGGCGUGUUAACAAAUCCACCAUCCUUGUGUGAGAUUGCAUCCCAUGCAGAUCUGAAUGCAGUUCUCAUUCCUGUAUGGAAUAGAGCAGUGUUUGCUUGGGGAGACUGGCAAAGAAUUUGCAGGCACAGGUUGAUAGCUGAGAGCCAACCCAGGAAUUCAGACUCCCCGUCUCUGACCAAGUGGUCCUCCAGGCAUUAUUUAUGGGACCAUUGCCUAUGCUUUUCCUUUAGAGCCAGCCGUGAGGAGAAAUGGACUAGCCAAGUCUUUCACUCACACACUCCAGUCCCCACUGUCCAUCAGGGAAGAGAAGGGCGAAUGACAAAUCCACACAAGGGGUGUGUUUGGUGCUCGGAAAAAUGUAUUUCUAUUGUAGCUUUGUCUACAGAUUCUUUCCAAAAGUAAAAUAAAGCACAAUCCGAUUAAAAAAAACAUUUAUGCCUUAAACUUGAAGAGGAACAUGGCCUCAUUCUGUAGGGGGAUGGGUUGUCCGGUUUGCUAGCAAUGUACGGUGGAUGUGAUCUAAUAAACUUUAUAAAGGAA